UUCAUACUUGUUGCUUUCAGUAGAUUGUGAACAGAGGGAUAAAUAGAAAGUCCUCUUCUAAGUGUUGUUGUGAACAUGGAGGCGACAAAUUUCAUACUCGGGCCUCUCAUAGCCACAUUUUUGGCUGCAUUUGCAGUCAUAUUUUUUUUGUAUAGAUACUCGACUAGGAGCCACUCUUACUGGAAGAAGAAAGAUAUUCCAUUCGUAAAGCCUUUUCCCAUAUUUGGUUCGGUUCUUGAAAAUAUGUCAAAGCCUUUAUCCGAAGUCGAAUUGGAUAGAUACAAGAAAUAUGGUCUUGUUUAUGGGCAUUACGAAGGUAACAGAGCCGUGCUUUCAGUUGCGGAUCCAGCUCUAUUAAGAGACAUAUUUGUGAAAGAUUUUCAGUUUUUUACCGGGAGACGACCCAUUGGUACUGGCAACCCAGUUACAGAAAAUAUGAUGUCUACUUUGCGAGGAGAAGACUGGAAGAGGGUUCGAACUAUCGUUACACCAACUUUCACUACAGGGAAAAUUAAGAGAAUGAUGAGCAUCCUUAAAGAUUGCUCUAAAACGUUAGUGGAAAAUUUUAGAAAAUUUGCCGAAAAAGGAGAACCCGUGGAAGCUAAAACACUUUAUGGAGCUUUUACAAUGGAUGUUAUUGCUAGUUCAGCCUUUUCGACUAAAAUUGAUUCACACAAUGACCCAAAUAAUAAAUUUGUACAAACUGCCAGAAGUGUAUUCAGAAGUACUGUUAGUUGGAGAUUAGCACUUUUUGCUUUAUGGCCCAGCAUUAUGAGAUUGUUCAAAAUAUCCGUCAUUUCGCCAACUGGCUUAGCUUUCUUUAAGAAUGUGACACUCCAAAUAAUUGAAGAAAGAAAAAAGACUGGACAGGUUUGCUCACUAACGCCAUCUGCGCAACAUCCUCACUACAUUGCAAGUGUCAUUAAUUAUCGGGACAGUGCUGUGUGCAGUUGUGAGUGCAUCAUAUUGGAGGUAAAUGAAUUCGAACGUAGGCAAAUUGUCCAGGACUGGUUAUGGUGA